AAGAAACUCGCGGGCUUGGCACUGCCACCGCCGCACCGCACCGCAGGUUGUCUUCCAAGUCUGGCUCGAACAACCUCUUUCGACGAGACAACCUUCAACGACGACAACCACCACCUCCGAUUCCUUUCCCAUCCGCCGAGAUCACUCAGCAACAAUGGCGAAGGAACCGACUCAGAAGUCCGGCAUCAUCGUCGGCUUGAACAAAGGCCAUAAAGUCACCCCCAUUGCCCCCAAGCCACGCAUCAGCCGCACCAAGGGCCAUUUGAGCAAGCGCACCGCCUUCGUCCGCGAGAUCGUCAAGGAAGUCGCCGGUCUGGCUCCGUAUGAGCGCCGAGUUAUCGAAUUGCUGCGCAACUCCAAGGACAAGCGCGCACGCAAGCUGGCAAAGAAGAGACUCGGUACUUUCGGUCGUGCGAAGAGAAAGGUCGACGAGCUUCAGCGCGUCAUCGCCGAGUCGAGACGUACCGGUGCCCAUUAAACAAUCUCUUUCUGCGAAUUGGUAAAAUGCAACUUCCGGGAACGUUCUGAUAUCCGUGCCGAGAUAAAACAAAAACCCUUGCAGCGAGGCGGAAAUUGGUGUGGAUGGAUUCUCAAUUUCCGGUCGUGCUUGAAAGAAGAUGCUGGCGCUAUCAGAGAGUCGGAACGGAGAAAGCAAGGCAAGGCUUUAUUGAGCUUUGAGGACAUGGAACGAUCCAAAGGAGUUACAAAAGUCUUUCCUGCCCUCAAGUCCAUUUAGCAACAUGAGUGCAACAAAACGCGCCUGUCGCAUGGAUGAAACAGAGUGCUUGGUCUAAUCAUUGAUCGCAACGAUCGUGAUGGCUAGGCACUGACAAGAUGAAUCAAUGAAUUGAAUCAAACUGGACGUGUUCUAUUGAUGGCUCUCAUGACUCGUUCCUUGCGGACUCGAAUUCCCUGAUCUGAACUCCUAUGCUGCUUCUGAAUCAAACACUCGUGAAUGAUCGUGACAAGACCUGAACCCAAGCACAAGUCGCUAACAUGUGGUUACGCACACGCAUAAUGGCAGUUCCUCGUAACCC